UAUUUCAAAAAGUUUAUAAUCGGUACCUAGUUGAUUGACUGUUGCUCUAAUAAAACCGGUAUGCGUGUCAUAUGAACCUGAAUUCGAAUACUUUUAUUAAAAGUGUUUCUGUCCUCUUCACAGAAGUAAACAUGGAGAUGUCGUCCGAAACUGAAGAUGAUGGCGUCCACUUCGACCCUCGGGCAGUAUAUUUAUAACGAGGCCUUCUGAUGCAAUAUGUCUAGUGGAAAACCAGUAUUGAUUUUAUGUUUCGUGUUCCUUUUUGAAUUAUGUCAAGCGUGCCCAAGUGUAUGCAUGUGUAAGUGGAAGAACGGUAAACAGACUGUAGAGUGUGACAAAAGGGGGCUACUCGCAAUUCCUAAGGGCAUAGAUCCAGGAACGCAAGUAUUGAAUUUCUCAAGUAACAAUCUACAAUCGUUGGCCAAAGAGAAGUUUCUAAGGAUGGAUUUAAUUAAUUUACAAAGGAUAUAUCUAUCGCGUUGUAGAAUAUCAACCAUAGAAGACCGGACGUUUAAGGGAUUAACCAACCUUGUUGAAUUAGAUUUGUCCGGCAAUUUGUUAGUAUCAGUUCCAUCCGAAACGUUCAUAGAUUGUCCUUCAUUAAUGAAGCUCACCCUGAACGCUAAUCCUAUUAAAACCAUACGGAGGGCGGCGUUUAACCACUUGUCUUACCUGAACACCCUCGAAAUAGGGGACUGUGAAAUAUCUUACGUUGAAGAAGGAGCAUUUCUAGGACUCACCAGCCUGGAGUGGCUACGUCUCGACGGUAAUAAGCUGACCACUUUAAGGUCGCUUCGCAUUCUUCCAAAGUCAUUACGUGGCAUCGAACUGCAGGGAAACGCUUGGGAGUGUGAUUGCCAUUUAGUGGAGCUUCAUUUGUGGCUGUUUGAGUUUAAUAUGCCUCAUAAUGUCGAACCCGUAUGCAGCGGACCCUCGCGUCUUUCAGGACAGACUGUAAGAUCCGUUGCUGAUUCUGAUCUGGCGUGUUUGCCCGAUGUUUCACCGACAACAUUUUAUUUGGAAAUCGGCGAAGGUAAAAAUGUAUCCCUGCUCUGUCACGUCCGGGCCAUUCCAGAAGCUCGAGUUUCCUGGCUAUUUCAAGGACGUGUGUUACAAAAUGACACUAUAGUCGCUCCAGGUCUGCACCUAAUUUAUUUUAUUGAGGACGGAAUGGAAGAUAAACGUAGCGAGCUUUUCAUUUAUAACACUAACGUUGAAGACAACGGAACUUUUGUCUGUACUGCCGAGAACAGCGCCGGAGCCAUGCAAUCAAAUUUUACACUGCGAGUCGUGAUUAAACAAGAACCUGUUUCCGUCGUUGUUGUGCCCUUUUCGUUUGAAUACCUACUAAUUUUAAUAUCCGCCGCGGCUGUCUUCGCAGUAAUCACGAUCCUUCUUGCAGUAUUUUACGUAAUUAAAUGCACGGCGCAUAGGAGCAAGCGAAAAAAAUCGAAAAUUGCCACGCUCAAUAACUCAACGAAAGAUUCGCUUUUCCAAGACAGCUCAGAAGAUUACUCGGAGCCGCUCAAAGAGAACACAAACUUGAUCGUAGUCGAUCGCCACCACGAGAUGAUGGUAAUGCAUGCAGCGCCCCACAUUACAGAUGAGAUGACGAUAUCUCCAGUUGUAACUUGCAAUCCGCCUAAAAGUCCCACUUCGCUGAAACGUUUCCAGCUCGAGCAAAAUCCUGACCUUAUUAACGACACGGAAAGCGUAGAACGGCAACGCGAGGGGGAUAUUAAAGACCAGACGAGAGGCGGCUACGGAAAAGUUACAGAAAACACAAUUACAGAUUUUGAAUUGCGUCCCAGGCUAGAAUCGGGACUGAGCAAUCGGGAAUUUUAUAGUCUCCCCGCUGACGUACAUCUUAAUCCAAUUGGUCUCCUCGGCACUGAAGAUACACGAGUUAGUUUCUAUAGGACAUUACCACACAAUCGCGCAAAUAGACAAUCAUCGGCCCGCUAUUCGCGUGAAGUCGAGUUUUUAUCUCGAUCCCAUCCUCCCUCAUACGAACAUUACUGUCCCGGCGUGAGAUAUACGGCAGAUGGGUAUCAAAUAUGUACAGCAAAACCGGGAUCGCCAUCCGAGUAUCGCGCUUCUCCAUCUAAAUCUUGUUGUGCGCCUCCACCUUUAGUUCAGUGGCCUCACUGUGUGCCCGCCUCAAACUUGGUAAAUACGGGAACGUGCCCUUAUAUGACUAAGGAGAUAACGAAACGGUGUGUCGGUGCGCAGACUGAAAGUGAAAGUUCGAAAUCCAGUUCGAAGCCUGUCAAUAAAUCCUUGCACAAUGUUAAAAUUCACGAGGUAUUAACUGAAAGCCCCGAUGAAGGUUACGAAGGUGAAAGCGGCGAAUCCACUUCGAAUCCUGGAUGAGCAUUGAUCGGUUAAAGUUGUUAUUAUUAUUAAUAUGGACUGACUCAGUAGAUUAAAUGGUAGAACACGUUACCUUUCGUUUUUGUAAAUACUUGUAUGGAAUAAAGAACAAUGAAUUGGA